AUGGAGGCCAUUUAUGGCGUCGUCGGCCUGGAGCAGGAAGCCUGUCACUGGACUCAGGCAUCCUGUUCUUUCAGCUUCGGCCCACUACCCCCUGAGAGAGGAGGGCCCCUGGCUGGCACCCAGCUUCCGGAGCAGGGGCUGGGGGAGGGCUGUCAGGAAAGAGGUGCCAGCUUCCCGUGCUCCCCCUCACCCUCUGGCUCCCUCUUCUCCCCCAUACCCGGCUCCGCUCCGGUCCCUGCACCCCCGACCCGCAAGGCCCGGCUGGGCGCGCUGCUCAGCUUUGCACUGCGUGCCGCCGUGGCCAGCGACCAGUACCUCCUGCAGGUGGCGGACGCAGGCAACCACAGCGGUCACCCCCACCCGAGGCUCUGGCGCAUCUGCGAAGGGCAGAACAGCUGCAUCCCCCUGAUUGACCCCUUUGCCACUGAGAGCCUGGAUGCCUCCACCUUGGUGCAGCACCUCAUCUCGCUGCGCUGAGCCCUCGUGGUGGUCCUGCCCCCGAGCCUUGUCCUUGUCGUGCGCGGCCGGAUCCGUGGCCUCCUCGGCUCCCCGGCCCAGAGCCUCCCCCGGCUGCUCUUCAUGGGCUGCCGCUUCUUGUUGGGGGGCGCCCUGACCCUGGCAGGGCUCAGCACCUACAUCAGCUACUCACACCUGGCCUUUGCUGAGACGGCCCGCCAGGACGGCCCCCGACACGUGCAGGACAUCUGCAUCAGCUUUGGCUGGUCUGUGGCCCUGGCCUGGGGCUCCUGUCCCUUAGAGGCACUCAGCGGCAUCCUCCUGGUCACAGAGGCUCGAGCCCUCAGCCUAAGCCAGCAGCCGGGCCCCCCACUCUGUGGGCGUCUGAGUCCCAGGCAGGCAGGUCAUGGCAGAGGGGCUCGUUUUCAGGCCUUUGUCCCCGUCCUGGUGCCGCUGCUCCUUCUGAGGGGCCGGCGCUCCAGGACCCGAUCCUGGUCUGCAGGUCCCUGGGGAAUGUCUGUGAUUGCCAGGGCCGUGUGGGCCCCUGAACAAGCAGGUUCAGGGCCCUCCUGA